UCAGAUUUUGAACCAGAAAAAAUUAAAUGGGGCAAAAUGAAAGCACUCGAUCAAAGCUCAAGCCGGGUGAUCAUAUUUACAGUAAUAGGUUUGAGAUUGAUAUUGUGAUGGAGAAAGUGAAUGCCUACUAUCAUCACGGAAUAUAUGUGGGGGAUGACAGUGUCAUUCAUUUCCUACCACCUGCAAAGCAAAGCAACUCUUCUGUCCCAUGUAAAAGAUGCGGGCACACACCAAGUUUACACUAUGGGAUCGUCCGUACAUGCGUGGAUUGCUUUCUUGAUCGUCAUUCAUUAUAUAUAAAUGAUUGUGGUGGCUGCAAGCCACCCUCUGAGGUUGUGAAGACUGCCAUGGAAUUUUGCGAUGGAAUAAGGUCCUUUGGUGAGUAUGAUCUUUUGAAUAACAACUGUGAGCACUUUGCGACCUUUUGUAAAACAGGCGAAAAGUCAUCUCAGCAAGUUGAGGAUGCACCUUACAAAAUUGGCACGGCGGCAGGAUGCCUUGUAAUUUUUACGGGACUUUUACGUGGUAAUAACCAGAAGUAGAGGUCCCAUCACCUUGGAGCAUUAUGAAGUGUUGAACCAACUCCCUACCAGUAGGCUAAACCUUUGUAAAGGGUUGGAUAUGUUGACCGACUCGGUCACUUUUUCCGAACCGAAUGGUGAAUAAAUUUUUCAAAGAAAAUAAAAAUAAGAUAGUGACAGUCUUUACCUGAUCAAGAUGUCAAUAUGUAAUCACUGAUCUUUCCAACAAAAUUUCUUUUACAAAUGUAAUUUCUAGAAAAGCAUAGCUUCAACGCUAAUAACCUGAUCAACUUAUUAUUAACUUAUCAAUUUUUUCUUUCU